CCACACUCUCUGCACCCAAGGACACCUUCAGCCUCAUUUCCUGAUCCUACAGCCUCACCUGUGGUACAGCCCGGGGCUGGUGGGGCAGGCAGGAAUGCAGCAGACAGGACUCGCUCUGGUGGCCUUGGCUGCCUGUGUGGCUUUUCCCUCCUCAGAAGCCAUACUUCCCAUUGCCUCCAGCUGUUGCACUGAGGUUUCACGUCAUAUUUCCAGAAGGCUUCUGGAGAGAGUGAAUAUAUGUCGCAUUCAGAGAGCUGAUGGGGAUUGUGACUUGGCUGCUGUCAUCCUUCACAUCAGGCGCAGGAGGGUCUGCGUCAGCCCGCACAGUCACAUUAUUAAGCAGUGGAUGAAAGAACAAGAGGCCAAGAAAAAAGCUAAAGGCAACCUUUGCCACAAGAAGAAACAGGACGGCAAGAGGAACAGCAAAGGGGCACAUCAGGGGAAACCCGAAACCCAUGGCUAUAAAACUCCUUAUUAAAGCGUUUACAAAUGAA